GUUUUUGUAAGAAUAUACAAUGAUAAGCAGUUCUCUUCGACUGUAUGGAACGCUACCAAAGACUUUGGUAACUAAUUUAGGUUAUAGUUUUCUUAAAGUGAAUACAACUAGUUAUGAGAGUAUUGCCUGGCGCUUUCCACGGAGAAGGACUUUCGGUGGAAGUUUCGUUUCCUCUGGAUGUGGCAACAUUCGUACAGCAAGAUGUUUCAAGAGUGGAAUACAACAACAAACUUCAAAGAACUAUGGAGACCAGAAUUAUUUCGAAAUUCUGGGUUGCAAUAUUUCCUUUGACAUAGAUGAGAAAGAGUUGGAGCGCAAGUUUCGUGCCAUUUUGUCACAAUGGCAUCCGGACCUUCACGGCCAGUCUUCAUCGCACUUACAGGAACAAGCGGCAGCUAUGAGUGCAGCAGUAAACAGAGCAUACGGUGUUUUGAAGAAACCACACUUAAGAGCAAAAUAUCUUUUGGAGAUUAAAGGAGUGCCUCUAUCAGAAGAUGACGUGACUAUGGAACCAUCUUUUCUUAUGCAUAUCUUGGAAUUGCGCGAAAAAGUGGAAGAGGAAUCGAAUAAGAUUCAGCUACAACAAAUUAGGGAAACAGUAGCAAAAGAAACGGAAGAAGGAAACACAAAAACUGCAAUAUUAUGAACGUAUGCGAGAAGCUCUUGCAGAAAGAUUAGAUUAA